AUGUCACAGGGAACUCAAAAUGAUUUAGACUUAUUGAUAACAUCAUCGUCAUCAUCAUCACCAUCGGCAACACCUAAACCAGAAUUUCAGAAUAUUAGACAUGAAGUUGAAUUUGAAGGAGAAAUCUUAACCAUAGAUUCAACUAAUUGGAGGUUAUCUAAACUAUUAAAGCUUCAGAUUUUAACUUCAUUUGCUGUAUUCAUCUUAUUUGGAUUAGCCGAACAAACAGUGGGUACGAUUCUUCCAAAAUUACAAGACCAUUACUCUAUUAAUGAUAUACAAAUUAGUUUCAUAUAUUUUUGUUCAGUGACUGGUUAUUUGGUCACCGCCAUGGUUAAUAGUAUCACACAUGAUUAUUUGGGUAUUCGAGGAGUCGCUGUACUUGGUUCUACUUCCAUGACGCUAGCAUAUUUAAUAAUUUCGCACAAACCUCCGUUCUCUGUUUUCUUGAUUUGUUACUUUAUGAGUGGAGUUGGAUUUGGGACAUUGGAUGCGUCUUUAAAUACGUGGAUGGGAAAUUUAACAGAUUCAAAUCAAUUAUUGGGUAUUCUACAUGGAUGUUAUGGAGUUGGUAGCUUGAUUUCUCCAGCAUUGAUAACUUAUCUUUUAUCCAAGCCGGAGAAUCGGUGGGAAUGGAAUAAUUAUUAUGUCGUUUUGAGUGUAAUUGCAGGAUUGUGUUUGACAGCAGUGAUUUUGACUUUCUUGUAUGAAACUCCUAAGAAGUACAAAUAUAUGGCACAAUUGCGCCAUGAAAAAGCCAAACAACCAAACAUAAUGGAGAUGGAAAUGGAUUUGUAUAAAAAUAGUACCAAUGAACAAGAAUUUGAAGUUGAAGUUGAUGACUUUGAAAACAAUGGUUAUUCCGAUAAUAAUGAUGACGAUAGCCAUACUGCUAGCUUUACACAAACGUUGAAGUCACCAUUAGUUUGGUCAUUUGCUAUCAUCCUAUUUAUUUAUGUUGGUGGUGAAGCAGCGUUCGCCGCCUGGAUGGUUUCAUUUUUAACAAGAAUGGAUAUAUUAGAUUAUGUUGGGGCUUCUCAUAUGGCAACAACUUUUUGGUGUGGAGUAACAAUUGGUAGAAUCUUUCUUGGAUUUGUUACUGCUCAUUUCUUUAGUACAGAACUAUGGGCUAAUUUUGUGUACAUUCUUAUCUCAUUUAUUGGUUGUGUGAUGUUUUACCUUCUAGCGUUCACUCAUUGGACAGUUCUUUUGUUUAUUGUGGUGUUGAUAACCGGAACUGCAGUCGGUCCUAUUUUCCCUACUACAAUUGUCUCACUGGUCAAUAUCUUGCCUGUCAAAUACCAAGUAUCUGGAAUUGGAUUUAUUUGUGCCUUUGGAGGUGGUGGUGGUGCUGGAAUGCCGUUUCUUAUCGGGCUUUUAGCUGAAUCAAGUGCUGCGGGUCUCCGCAACUAUCCACUAGUUAUCAGUGUUAUGUUUGGUAUUCUUCUAGUAGUAUGGCUAUUGAUAAUGAGAAAGUACUCCAAGAAUUAUAAGCGAAAUAAUUUAUAG